ACCCGGUUGGCUUUGAUGCCUCCGAUUCGCACCUCAAACGCAAAAUCCCUAAAUAACACAACACAAAGUUGGAUCAAAAUAUUGCAACCUAAAAUCCAAAAAAAACAUGGACGAGAAAGACGACAACAAAACCGGGGAAAUCGAGGAAACGGGCCCAAAAUCCGACGGGUCUUCUCCGAACCCGAAUCCCAAAACUGCGAGGACGAAGGUUCCAGAAGUGGAAGUCUGCCUGUAUCGACGGGGGAAAGGCCCGAUCGACACGUUCAAGUCGGGUCUGGGGGGUUGGGACCAGAACCAGUUGGAGGUCGGAGACAUUCUCGACAAGUAUGGAUUCAAAUCGCUUUACGCUUUCAAUACCGAAUCGGGUCGCGGGGUUCCGAUCCGGUUUAACCCUAGAAACGGCAGGUCUAUGCUGCCGUAUAGAGAUGGAGCCACGGUUCAAAUCGACGGAGAGCCUAAGGAUUCCAUGAUCCAACCGGUGACGAAAAUCUUGAUUGGAGUAGCUUUUAUGACCAUCCUGAUAACCUUGGUUUUGAGGGAUCCUCCGCAAUGGAUCCAGAAAUUAAACUUUACCGGAGGCAACUUCCCUCCAUGGAUCAUCGCUCUCGUGAUCAUAGUAUUUACUCGAAUGAGGAAGAGAACCAGGGAUUUGCUGAAAAAGUUUGGUUGGUGAAAGGCGCCAUUGAUGCUUCUCUUCUAAGGUACUCUGAAGUAUUUACUGAAGUUUGACAACAAAAAAAGCAACACUCAUCUGUGCGUCGUCACUCAUCCGCGACAACCUGUAUCGGGAUUAGACUUCGUCACAAGUAUAAUCCCCUACAAGACUUUGCGGAUGUACAUAAGGGGGCAUUUUCCAUAGUUUCCCACUUUCAUUUUAUGUAGCUUCUGCAAAGAAUCCAAGAUUUGUAUGCUUGAUUUCUAGAAGAAUUGUGCAUUUAUUGAUUUUGAACUGCUAGUAAGCUGGCAGUGGAGGUUGAAGACAUUAUUCCAAGGAUUUGAAAAACUUACUUAUUUUUUGGUA